AUGAGCAGAAAAAUGUUUUCCUCCUUCUCUAUCUCUAAACCCCUUGCCUUCCCUCAACAACCCCUCUUCUCUAGUUUUGGUGGUAACAAAAGGGCAAGUGGGCUAUGGAGAAACCAUCAAGUAGUAAAGAAAUUAGUGGUAAAAGCAGGUCCAAAGAAGAUUUCUUUUGGUAAAGAAUGUAGAGAAGCCUUGCAGGCAGGAAUUGAUAAGCUUGCUGAUGCUGUUUCUCUCACUUUAGGACCUAAAGGGCGUAAUGUUGUUCUUUCGGAGUUAAAGACGCUAAAAGUAGUAAAUGAUGGUGUUACUAUAGCUCGAGCAAUUGAGCUUCCGGAUUCAAUGGAGAAUGCUGGAGCAAUGUUAAUCCAAGAGGUUGCAAGUAAAAUGAAUGAUUUGGCUGGAGAUGGCACUACUACUGCUAUUAUUUUGGCUCGUGAAAUGGUCAAAACAGGGAUGUUAGCUGUCGCUUUUGGGGCUAACCCUGUUUAUGUAAAGAAAGGAAUGGAUAUGGCAGUCAAAGAGUUGGUCAAGGUCUUGAAGAAGAAUAGUUUUCCAGUGAAAGGGAAGGAUGAUAUAAAAGCUGUUGCUACAAUUUCUUCUGGAAAUGAUGAAUUUGUUGGGAAUUUAAUUGCUGAAACUAUAGAGAAGAUUGGCUCUGAUGGAAUAAUCUCUCUUGAAUCAUCUUCGACCUCUGAGACAUCUGUGAUAAUUGAAGAAGGAAUGAAGUUUGACAAGGGUUAUAUGUCGCCCCAAUUCAUCACAAACCAGGAAAAAUCUUUGGUGGAGUUUGACAAGGCCAAAGUCCUAGUAACGGAUCAGAAGAUUGCAAAUGUUCAAGAAAUAGUUCCUGUGUUGGAAAAAACCACCCAACUCAGUGUCCCGCUGUUAAUCAUUGCUGAGGACAUCUCAAAGCCGGUUUUGGAAACACUAGUGGUGAACAAAAUGCAAGGUUUGCUCAAUGUUGCUGUUGUCAAAUGCCCUGGAUUUGGAGAUCGAAAGAAAGCAUUGUUGCAAGACAUUGCUCUUAUGACAGGUGCUGAUUUUCUCUCGGGUGAUUUUGGGCUGACACUCGAAGGUGUUACCUCGGAUCAACUUGGCAUUGCACGAAAAGUUACCAUAACAAGUAAUUCAACAACCAUAGUUGCUGACCCAGCUACUAAAGCUGAAAUUCAGGCAAGAAUUCUGCAGAUAAAAAAGGACCUUGCUGAAACAGAUAAUGCUGCCCUUUCAAGAAAGCUCUCAGAGAGAAUUGCUAAAUUAUCUGGUGGUGUGGCUGUAAUCAAGGUGGGAGCACACACAGAGACUGAACUUGAAGAUAGAAAACUCAGAAUUGAAGAUGCAAAGAAUGCUACGUUUGCUGCCAUGGAUGAAGGGAUAGUACCUGGUGGUGGUGCAACAUAUGUUCAUCUCUUGGAGCAGAUUUCCUCAAUAAAAGAUUCCAUGGAAGAUGAAAAUGAGAAGAUCGGUGCUGAUAUUGUUGCAAAGGCACUUCUUGCACCUGCAAAAACAAUUGCAACUAAUGCAGGAGUUGAUGGAGCAGUUGUGGUGGAGAAUAUUCGAUCUCGUGACUGGAGAACUGGUUACAAUGCAAUCAAUGGUAGAUAUGAAGAUCUCCUGAAUGCAGGGGUGGUAGAUCCUUGUAGAGUUUCUAGGUGUGCACUUCAAAGUGCCGUCUCAAUCGCUGGGAUAGUUCUAACAACUCAAGCACUGCUGGUUGAAAAAAUAAAGAAGCCCAAGCCUGCUGUCCCUUAUGUUCCUGGAAUUACACCAUGA